UGUUUCAAUUUGAAAGGUUCGCGCAAUCUCGAUUAGCAUAAAUAUGCAAAUCGGCUUUGCUUCCUGUCAUAUUUUCCAGGUUCGCUGCUGCUCAGCGCUGCAAAUUUAAGCUCCGGCUCUGUAAUUAGGGGCUCGGCUGAUCGGUUUGAUGGAGCCUCGUCUGACGCUCGGGGCAAUGUGGAUUCCCCGGUAAGGGCGAAGGGCAGAAAUCCCGACCGGCCCGAAGGAAACGCACCCAGAGCAAGGAAAACUGCAGACGAAAUGGUUAGCGGAGCAGAGCGGAACACCAUGAAGCACCCCGAGACCCCACGUCCCUGAAACUCCCGUUGCCGCAGGGAGAACCUUCCGGAAACCGCACAGAAAAAAAAAAAAAUUUUAAAAAAAAUUUAAAAAAAUGAGGCUUUUCCGGAGACGCUACAGCCCCUUGAAGGUGGCUUUGGCAGGCGCCGUCUUCGUCAUCUUCCUCUUCAUCCUGCAGAAGGACGUGGGGAACAAGGACCCGAGCGAGGAACCCUGGCUGAAGAACAUUGUCCAGGGGAAGGACCAAGUCCUCGACCUGAUGCUAGGGGCGGUCAACAACAUCCGAGACUCGAUGCCGAAGCUGCAGAUCGGAGCUCCGGUUCGGCAGGAGGAACCACCGCCCAGCGCUCGCUCCUGCCUGCCCGGCGUCUACACCGCGGCGGAGCUUCGGCCGCUGAUGGAGAGACCCCCCCAAGACCCCGCCAGCCCCGGAGCCGACGGCAAAGCCUUCAAGAAGGAUCGAUGGACGCCGGAGGAGACGAAGGAGAAGGAGCGAGGUUACGAAAAGCAUUGCUUCAACGCCUUCGCCAGCGACCGCAUCUCCCUCCAGCGAGCGCUGGGACCCGACAGCCGCCCGCCAGAGUGCAUCGACCAGAAAUUCAAGCGGUGCCCCCCCCUGCCCACCACCAGCGUCGUCAUCGUCUUCCAUAACGAAGCUUGGUCGACGCUGCUGCGGACGGUGUACAGCGUCCUGCACGCCUCCCCGGCCCUCCUGCUGAAGGAGAUCAUCUUGGUGGACGAUGCCAGCACGGAUGAGUACCUGAAGGAUGAGCUGGAUCGCUACGUGGAGCAGCUCCAGAUCGUGCGAGUUGUGCGGCAGGAGGAGAGGAAAGGGCUGAUCACGGCGCGGCUGCUGGGGGCCAGCGUGGCCAGCGGUGAGGUCCUGACCUUCCUGGAUGCCCACUGCGAGUGUUUUCACGGCUGGCUGGAGCCCCUCUUAUCCCGCAUCGCCGAAGAGCCCACGGCCGUCGUAAGCCCUGACAUCGCCACCAUCGAUCUCAACACCUUCGAGUUCUCCAAACCCGUCCAGAACGGCAAACAGCACAGCCGGGGCAACUUCGACUGGAGCCUGACUUUCGGCUGGGAGGUCGUCCCACCCCGGGAGAGGCAGCGGAGGAAGGAUGAGACCUUCCCCAUCAAGUCCCCGACCUUCGCCGGUGGCCUCUUUGCCAUCUCCAGGUCCUACUUCGAGCACAUCGGUUCCUACGACGAUCAGAUGGAGAUCUGGGGGGGUGAGAACGUGGAAAUGUCCUUCAGGGUCUGGCAGUGCGGGGGUCAAGUCGAGAUCAUCCCUUGCUCCGUCGUGGGUCACGUCUUCCGCUCCAAGAGCCCCCACACCUUCCCCAAGGGCACCCAGGUCAUCUCCAGGAACCAGGUCCGCCUGGCUGAGGUCUGGAUGGACGACUACAAGGAGAUCUUCUACAGGAGGAACCAGCAAGCCGCGCAGAUGGCCAGAGAGAAGACGUAUGGUGACAUUACAGACCGGCGCAAGCUGAGGGAGCAGCUCCGCUGCAAGAACUUCACCUGGUACCUCCAGACCGUCUACCCGGAGAUGUUCGUUCCCGACCUGACUCCAACGUUUUACGGAGCGAUAAAAAACGAGGGCACCAAGAGCUGCCUGGACGUCGGCGAGAACAACCACGGUGGGAAACCGCUCAUCAUGUACCCCUGCCACGGGAUGGGGGGCAACCAGUAUUUCGAGUACACGAGCCAGCGGGAGCUGCGGCACAACAUCGGGAAGGAGCUCUGCCUGCGGGCGGGCUCGGGCUCGGCCGAGCUGGGCGACUGCCAGUACCGGGGGAAGCCCGGGCGGGUGCCGGCCAGCGAGGAGUGGGACCUGGCACAGGGCCGGCUGAUUAAAAACCCGGGCUCGGGUACGUGCCUGACGGCACGAGGGAAGCACCCGGCGAUGGUUCCCUGCGACCCGGCAGACCCCCACCAGCUCUGGUCCUUCACCUAGGCGGGGAGCAGAGCGGCCCGAGCCCCCGGCCGUCCCCAGCCGCUCUCAGGAAACGAGAAUCCAAAAAAAAAAACCACCUUCCCCCCCCACCCUUUCUUUUUUUUUUUUUUUUUUUAAUUUAAGAAGUGAAAGCCUUAAAUAUGCUGCAUUUCACGGUUGCCUUGAACUCAGUCCCGUGCCUUUGGAGCAGGGAAGCCCGGGGUGCUGAGCUCGGCCAGCGGUAGCCCACGGAGCCCGAAGCACGUGGGGACGCCGGAGGAUGCUCGUUGGUACCCGCCGGCUGCUCGUCCUUCCCCUCCCCGGCUCCAGCCAGAGACUCCGAAAAUUCCUAUGGGGCAUUGAAAAACGCGGCACGUGAAAGCCGGGUGGGAAAGUCCUUCCGGCGAGGAGGAGGAUGGUGACAGGCCGUGCGGUUCAUCCCGCGGGAGGGUGAACCGUGGCUUUUUUCGUGGCCGCGCGCGGGUGAGGGAAUUCCCCCCCCCCCCGCCCCCCAGUACUGCCAGGAUCGGACCCUCGCCCGCCGCGGCACCGCGAGCACCGUGCGUCGCUGCUGCCAGGAUGGGAGGCGGGCUUGAUUUGGGGCGGGGGGGGGGGGGGGAAGUUAGAUUAUUUUUAUUAUUAUUAUUAUUAUUAUUGUUAUACGAUGAUGGUUACUUGGUGCGAUUCUGCUCGUGCUGAUCUGGAGGAAGGUUUUUCCCGGACGGCGUAGCUCCAACGCACCGACCGUGGCAUCCUCCCGGAGAGGCUCUUGCCAGCACCCGGGCAAAAAAAAUCUCCUCUCUCCUCUGGUUUUGUUCAAGCCCGACUACUGUAGCUGCCGCUUUCGUGGCCGUUUCAUUUAUACGGGGGGGGUAAAACCCCUCCUGGAAGUGGCGCGGGGGUGGGAGAACCCGUUUUUGGAUACGCGACCUCAAAUAAAGAGAUGAUUUAUU